AUGACUUUUCCACGCGUCAGGUGCCGUGUGAUCAGCGAGGGUUGCCUGCAGGAUGACAUGCUGCGUUACCACAUCGAGGGUCUCGCCUGCGCCAUCUCCGACGCCAUCUGCGCCGCCGCCGCCGUGGAGGGCGCCCACCCGGGGGCGCGCCGCGCUGCCACGCCGCGAUCCGCGCCCGUGCAGCGAAUUCGUGCUCGAGGCGCCCAGAAGCGCUACGACUUCUCCGUCGACUGGAUCAACGACCAGCUCGUGCACGGCCUGCCCUCCACCCACGACGGCGCCAGCAGCUCCUCGGCGGGGCGCCCCAAGCAGCUCUCUGCCUUUGGCGACGGAUUCGGCGAGCAGGCGCUCGACGGACUCGGCGAGCAGGCGGGCUGGCAGUCCAGGGGGCACCAGCCCUUCGAGUCUGCGGCGCUGAUCCCGGCGCUGUACGAG